AUUGCUCAAGACGUGGAGCGCACGUAUGCUUCCUUGUUCAUAUGGAACGAAAGCUCGUUUUCUUAAUUUACCCUUAGUUUCCCUGAGAUCGAUUUUUUUCGCAACACGGGUGUUCAAGAUCAACUAACGAACGUCCUUUUCCUGUAUUCGUCCAUGAAUACCAGUACCGGUUACAGACAAGGGAUGCAUGAGUUACUAGCUCCUCUGUAUUAUGCCGUCGACGUGGAUUCAUUGCUGGAUACCCACGAAUCUCACCUUAUCUCAGAGCUGUGUUCAAAGAUCUGGGUUGCUGCUGAUGCUUGGGCCUUAUUCGAAUCUAUAAUGUGUUUUGCUUCACGUUGGUACGAGUGGCGGGAAAACCCAUCAACUUACGCUCUACCUUCUCCUUUGUCCAAUCAUGUUCAACUGAAUCCCGACGGUCAGGCUCAAAUUAAGCCAUAUAUAGCACCGAUUGUACAAGACUGCAAUCAAAUACAGGCCACACUUCUCCAUACAACGGAUCCUUUGCUUUGGAAGCAUUUACAAUCUAGUGGCCUUGAGCCACAAAUAUAUGGAAUUCGGUGGUUAAGACUUUUAUUUACGCGGGAGUUUUCCAUGUCAGAUGCCAUGAGAUUGUGGGACGUAUUGUUCGCUUGUGAUCCUACACUCGAUGUGGUACCCUGGGUGUGCGUUGCAAUGCUGAUACGCAUACGAAAUCUCUUAAUCCCAGGAGAUUACACAGUCCAACUGACAUCGCUUCUACGAUAUCCAACACCAGUAUUUCCCCUUGAUUCAACUAACACCGUUCAUCAUACGUCAUUGCUCAUACGACAAGCUCUGGCUCUACAACUGGCACCGACGCCUUCUACAGGCGUCAGUGUAGUAGCGGAAAAUCGGAACUUGUUGGACAUUCCAAUGGAGGUUCCCGAGCCACCUUCAACCUCUCGGAGGAAAGGACCACAAUCUACAGCUACUCGCAAUAGAUCGUCACCUACGCAUGCGCGUCAACAAUCAUCUCAGCCUCCAGGUGGGUUACCUGAGAUGUUGGGCGGAUUAUUUGAACGUGGUGAAAGCCUCAACAUCAACAAGACAUUAAUGAGCGCUGUGACUGAACUGAAACGGAACAUUCCCGAACUAGCUGCUUCCUUUGUUCGAUCUCCACUCCAGUCUCCCUCUAUUCCAAUGACUGUCGAGAGACAGUCUCAACAGUCGGAUGAAAGGCCGCCUUGGGAACCCAAAAGUCGACGGGAACUUGAGCGCGAAAUGGCCGAAUUACGGGCGAACGACAAACUUCUGGGAGAAUCUCUAAGCUGGGUUGUAGACACACUACUACAAGACGAAGACACGUCCCAAGAUCCACAGAGACUGAAGAAACGGAAACAAGAAGCUCUUGAAUCUUUAUCGUAUGUGAGGGAUGUCCUAAUCAAUGGAAUUACGGAAAUAGAGGAUGAGAGACUAUACGGAGAGGCUGAACUCGCAAAUAGAAAGUACAAGGCUCGUGAACCGACCCAAGCAAGAGAAGCUAGCUUGGUGCACGCUCACACUCUGGAAAUGCCUAAACCAGCCCCGGCUCCUGUCGCCGAUACUCGCCCCAGGAUAUCGGGUAAUAACAGAGGGCACACGACCGCUAUCUCCUCGUCUUCUUUAAAUGCGCCAUGGUCUCCGAACACAGCCCGCCUGGCGCCUUGGAACUACACCAAAUCCAGUUUUUCCAUCGAUGGGUCCCUUCCAGCCACCACUCUACCACGACUUCCACCGCCUACUUCUGAUAACUUUCAGCGGAGUCACAUAGGUCCCGGUCCUAGUCAGGUAAUCAGUUCACCUACCAAAGCACCACCCAAGCGAGACAGAACCCCCGAUCCACUAGGAGUUUUGAAGUAGCGAUGUAAUCAUCAGGAGCACUAAACGACUGAUAUCAAUUAGUCGAGACUUUAGGCUUAUAUGCAUUUAAUUGCGUAGAAGUAAUGAAAUAUCUAUACUCAAGAGUCCUAGUCAAGAGUGACGAAAAAUUGGCAGGAAUGAGCCAAAGGGUGGC